AUGCCUAAAUUCGAUUUUAGAAAUUCUGGAAUGACCUUGGGUGGAUCCACUAGGUACUGUUUCAGUUGUCAAGGUCCUGUCCGUUGGCAGGCUGUCGUACAUGACCUUCCUAAUACCGCACUGCAGCUCGGAGAAAACAGGAGCAUGAAUCGAUGUCCUACAACACCGCUGCAUUUAUAUGCAUACCUUCUCAGAAAAAUACGACUGUUACCACCACAUAUGCAAGGACACUAUAAGCACGAAAUCAGACAGCAUUUUAAUAGUCAUGCAGAUGAAAAUGAUCCACGCCGCAUAAAUGAGAUUAUGUCCAAAGCGAUACAAGAUAUGGACUGGAUAGUUAAAAAGGUAAGAUCUGAAAGCUUCACCGUCUCAUAACAUUCAGCACACUUGACUUUCACUGUUACAGUAAUCCAGUGGUACGAACAAAAAAUAAAAUUGUUUUAGCAUUGAAUGUUUUUUGAUCAAAGUACAAAGGAGAAUAUCGCUAGCAAAAAUGUUACUCAAAAUUUAAUAACUAUCGAU